ACUACAGAAAGCGGCGCAGGCCUAGCGUUAGCGUGGAUUUGUUUUUGUUACUGUAGUUUUUUAAAGUGGCAUCGACAUUUUUUUUUUUGUGACGUCGUUUUUGAAUCUUUUGUAACUGAAGUCAGCCUGGGCUUGUCCCAUGAUUUUACUGAAAACUGUCCAAAAAGUAGAGUGAAGAGGUUGGUUUGAUGUGCGUGGCAUCAAGACAAGAGGCACCAUGAGUGCGGAGCUGGAUGCCCUGACUGUGGUGAACCAGCUGCGAGAUCUUGCCGCAGACCCCCUGAACCGAAGAGCCAUUGUAGAGGACCAAGGCUGUCUGCCAGGUCUCAUCCUUUUUUUGGACCACCCCAAUCCACAGGUCGUCUACUCGGCGCUAUUGGCCGUGCGCUACCUGGCAGAAUGUCGAGCCAACAGGGAGAAGAUGAAGGGCGAGCUGGGCAUGAUGCUGAGUUUGCAGAAUGUCAUGCAGAAGAGUACAACACCUGGGGAGACCAAACUGCUGGCCUCUGAGAUCUAUGAGAUUUUGCAGUUAGCCGGUAAAGAAGAGGCCGAACAGGCCGAGGCAGCCGCUGCCUCCUGCCAGCGCAAAGCCCAGUUCUUCCUGGGCUCCAACAACAAGAGGGCCAAAACUGUGGUGCUGCACAUUGAUGGACUGGAUGACUCGGCUCGAAGGAGCCUUUGUGAGGAGGCGUUGCUGAAGAUUCGAGGGGUCAUCAGCUUCACCUUCCAGAUGGCUGUCAAGAGAUGUGUUGUCAGGAUCCGCUCUGACCUUACGGCUGAGGCGUUGGGCACAGCAAUCAACUCCACCAAAGUAAUGAUAGCUCAGCAGGUGGUGAGGACGGAGGGCGGAGAAGAGCUGAUCUUGCCAUUCCAGGAGGACUCGGCGGUGCCGGUAGAGGAGAACACAGACAUCCCAGACUAUCUGCCCGAGGAGGAGAGUCCAUCCGAUGAGCCGGACAAAGCGGUCACACGCGUCGGCUCCAUCACAGACGGAAUGGGCUGGCUCAGCACGGCGGCCAACUUCCUGACCCGCUCCUUUUACUGGUGACCACUUCCUGUGUUUCUCUCUCUUUGCUCCCUGUUUUUCUCGUCCAGCUGAAGCCUUAGCAUCUCUCAGCCUUGACCCGGACUAAGCCCUGCCUCGCGGCCAUACUCUAGUCUAGACUCCCCCUCUGCUAAGCACACAGAACCCGGCCACGUGUGCAACAAGUGCUGGACUGCCAAGUGGAACCUGCAAUAACUUUAACUUGUGUACAUAUUGAGCUACCAAUCCCACCACUGGCUGUUUGGGCACAACUAUAUACUAGCAGCAUAAGUAUCUCACAAGACAUAGCCAGAGGACUUCGAGUCAGCCGAAACCAAAUAGCGUUUUGGAAAUGUGUAUCGCUACGGUGACAGAGUGGACAUGUGACAGGCGUAUUUAAAUGUUCCGAGGCUGAUUUUGAAUACGUUGAAAAUUGGGAGUUCGUUUUCUUUUGUGCAUGAUUUUUUUAUGUUGCUUUCCUCCGGUGUCUGUUCUCAAUCGUUGUCUUCUUUAUUAUACUUAUUUUUUUUCAAUUUACUAAUCAAGCAGAUUUUUUUUUCUUCCCCCUUCAGUUUUAUUAGCAUGCUGAAUCAUUUGUGCCAUCUUACCUGAUUGCCUAGAUCUGUGUUUUUUUGUGUGCCUUUUUGACAUUUUACUUUAACAUAAUAGUAAUGUUAUUUUUUUUUUUUUCAUCAGUAAUUCGAAUUGCUUCUAAGCAUUUAACGUUUGUGCAUCCCAUGUUGCCCUUAGCAGCAACAGCAGCCAGCCUCUCCAGCUUUUAGCUCACUGAGGGACAUUUCUUCAGUAGUAAUGGUAAACUAGACCACCAGCAAGAGGCCGCAGCCCCUUCAACCACGGCUCGCCUGCAUUUGUUUGUUGCACACUGAAAUAAGAAGUCCUUUACUGUUUAAUAUACCAACCCCCGCUGUGUUUAGCUGGACUCUCUGGAGUCCAUCUCUGGACUGAUACUGUAAUGCAGUGAGUUGUGUUACAGCUCCUUUGUGUUUAUUACACAGACUUAAGGCUACCUCUGCUUUCAGCCCUCUAUCUCACUUCAGCAUUAUAGUCUUCUGUAGUUUUAGUAAAUCCCUUGCUCAGCAUGUAGAAGACAAACCUGUUAGCUGCCUGCUUGUCAAACGCUUUCCUGUGUUACCUGGACUCCCACUGACAUUUUUACAGUAUUGUUGACCCACCUGUUCAGUUCAAUUUUCAGUUUAGCCAGCAGUGUCCUUAAAGCAAAGAUCAUGUUGGUGCACGCUCACACACACAUACAUAGGACUCUCUAAUAUGAGCAGUAGUGCUAUACUGGAACAAAGGUGUGGUUAUGUACAUUUUGUAAAUGGUGCCUGGUUCCCUAAAAUCUCAAACCUUACAUGUGAAGGAAAUUUUUGUUCUCUUUUUGUAAUACGGAUUUGCAUUUAAGGUCACAAAAAAGGAUUACAGCAGCUAAUGCUAACACGCUUAGUGAGUUUAUUCCUUUUGUUUAGCCUUCACAUCCCCAUGACUCACUCCAGGUUUAAUUAUUAUCUCCUCUGACUUGUGUGGGUGUCAUUAAUAAUUAUUAUAUACAAUGCUGACCAAGCGACCUUUAUUGUUCUGAUGGUGCGGAGAUGUCACAGUUGGUUGAGGUCAAAGCAGAUAGUGGAAUGGCACAGAAUGACCUGAAUAAUCUGAAUUGAUGGUGGUUAUUCUCUGCAAAAGCAAUAAUCUUUUUUUGCAUUAAAUGUAGUUGUUUUAGAUCAGCAUCAACCUUCAAAAUAAUGUUUUGGAAUAAAACGUAUUAGUUAAAAAUUAGGAUUAUCAUCAGUAUUAAGAUCUCUUCUUUAUUUGUCCAUUUUGCACAGAAUAAAUCUCUAAGUUGCAUCUUGUUAUUGCAUUUUAAAAUUUUGGUGUCAGCUCAUACUCCAAAAAAAAUACUUGAACAUUGUUUCUUAGAACUGUUCUUAUGUGUUGAUCAAAGUGUAAAUUUCCCACAACUGCUAGAUUAACCACAUCUGUAGGGGUGACAAGAAAAACAAACAAACAAACUUAAGUCCUCAAAAGUGUAACUUCAUGUGUACAGACUUCAUGUGUCUGUCCUCAAAUGUAAUAUAAUGUAAUGCAGAUCUUAAAAAAUGUAGAUUCCCAUAGACUGUUAAUGCAAACCAUGAUAAACUUAAAAUCCAAAA